CCCCAAGCCGAUGCGACGCCAUUUUGCUUUUGCGUGCUGUCAAACGCUGAAUUUCACAUUUCCACCACAAAAAGAGAAAGAAAAAGAAACCCCAGACGUCUUUUGUUGAAGUGCGCGAGAUACCACCGAAAAAAACCAAGUUAACUCACUCAAAUGCUGAUCAACCGCCAGCCAAACGAUUGAGAUCAACGGCAGCCAGGCGAACGCCGCAGAAACCUGCCGAAAAUUACGUGAAUCACAGGGCAAGGGCAACCCGUGCAAUUGGCAUUCUUAAUUGGCGAUUAAACUGCGAACGGCGCGCUGAAAAAUGGUCAAUUCGUCUGGCAGCGAGGACGGCCAGCUGCGGAGCCCCAACGACGGGCAUUAUCACAGGCCAAAAAGUGUGUACUUGUCCCAUGACCGAGGCGCGCGAUGGCCAACAACAAAACCUAAUAAUAAUCAUAAUAAAAAAAAACCAACAAAGCUAUUAUAAAAACCAAAAAACCAAAAUGAAAGCGAAAGAAAAAUGUGCAAGCAAUAUGCAAAAUUCGAGUUUAAAACUGUGCACCUGCAGUGUCAACGGCAGACGGGACCGAAUCUUCUCAAGCCAACCACACUAAUCUCGCUUGACCCGCCGCUGGCUAAUUAAAUGUGUGUUCCGAGAACCGAGAACAGAGUACCGAAUACCGAACACCCGAGAAUUGAAAUCCGAAUCGGAAUCUGAAUCGAGAUCCGAUAAGCUAAGCUCCUAAGCUCUCAUGUGCUGCUGGCGCCGCGGCGAGGACGAUGAGCAUGAGGCGGACACCGAUGCUCUGUACAUACAACCACCGCAGGCCAGCAGGGAAUCGGGUUCGGGUUCCAGGCGUGAGAAGAAGAAACAUUCCCGCGAACGGAGGCGCCACAAGGAACGCGAAGAUCUAGGCCUGGAUCGCGAUCAUCGCUAUGAAUAUCGGAACCGGGAGGAGCACUACCACCAUCACCAUCGAGAAAGAGGCGGCAAUGUGGCAGCCGCAUAUCCGAAACACCACCUGGGCCACGCCUACCAUUACCCGCAGCCGCCGCAGCAACAGCAGCAGCAGCCUUUGCCGCCCGCUCCCAGCUAUGCUGCCCACCACCAUCAUCAUCACCAGCAUUUAGGCGGAACGAGGGCAGCUCCCCGUGGCGAUUACCAUUCCUAUCCAUCGGGCUAUCACUCGACCAGUCGCCAUGCCGACUAUCCCAUGGAGGAGCCACCGCGACGCGGCGGCGGUAAAUACGCGGAGAGCAAGGAUGCGGAGAGCCUGGAACAGGAUCUGCGUUCGAGGCUGUUGAAGAAGCGGCAUAACUACGUUAAGGACUACGAAACGGAGGAGAACUACGAGCGGGGCGAGCGGCGCAAGGAGCGCGAGCGAACGGGACGCGGCGGUGGCCACAAGCCAAGCCGACAUGAACGCGUCAUCGAACUGCUGGACAGUCCCGAAACGGAGCAGCACCACCAUCAGCACAAGUCGCAUCGCAGCAAGUGGAGAGGCGAAGAGACGGAGCAGCAACUCAGCAGAAGAAAGGUGCCCGAGGAUCUGGAGUUGCUGGCUCGCAGGGACAAGCUGCUCGCCGCCGAGCGCGACAGUCGCCAGCGAAAGCAGACGGCGCGCGAGGAACUGGAGGCUCGGCGGGAAUUGCUACGCGAGCGGAACGAGCACAGCGAUGCACUGAGUCCAACGGCAGUGGCCGCCAGCGUAACCGCUGGCCUGAACAUUCAAGUUAAGCGCAAGUCCAAGCCGGAUGGCUACGAGAAGGAGGUGAAACACAAGAAGCGGCGGGAGGAGGAGGAGAUCAUCGAGGUCAUCCGCGAUGAUGAUGAUGAGGAGGAGGAAAGCGAGGAGAGCGACUCUAACGAGGAGGAUCACGAGGAGGACAGCGCCGAGAGCGCCACGGAAACGGGCAGCGAAGAAAGCUAUGCUGGCAAAAAGAAGAGCAAGAUUAAACCGAAGGCAGAGGAGGAUGACGAGGACUUGCCCUUGCCCGACAGUCCGCUCAGCGUGGGCGAGCUCUACAAGUCGCCCAAGCAGCGCCAGCGAUCGCGCUCGGCCAGCUCCAAGAGCAGUUCCCAGACCAGCAGGAGUAGUCGCUCCAGAUCGCGGUCCAGAAGUCAAAGCAGCCUGGAGGAUGGGGAGGCAGGAGCAGCUGCCUCGCCCAGCAGCAGCACACGCAGCGAGGAGCGUGGGAUGACCCAACAGCAGCAGGCGGAGGAGAAGCCGGAGGAGAAACUCAAGGAAAAGGCACUCAAAACGCUGGAGGAGCAGAUUCCCUGCGACGACAAGGGCGUUCCUUUGCCCAAUUAUUAUCCCGGCGUGCAGGGCUGUCGUUCUGUAGAAGAAUUCCAGUGCCUCAAUCGCAUCGAAGAGGGAACCUACGGCGUGGUUUAUCGCGCCAAGGACAAAAGAACCAACGAAAUUGUGGCCCUCAAGCGGCUGAAGAUGGAGAAGGAAAAGGAGGGCUUUCCCAUCACAUCGCUCCGGGAAAUCAACACUUUGCUCAAGGGUCAGCAUCCGAAUAUCGUGACCGUUCGCGAGAUUGUCGUGGGUUCCAACAUGGACAAGAUCUUUAUUGUGAUGGACUAUGUGGAGCAUGACCUAAAGUCGCUCAUGGAAACGAUGAAGAAUCGUAAGCAGAGCUUUUUCCCCGGCGAAGUCAAGUGCCUGACGCAGCAGCUCCUGAAGGCGGUGGCCCAUCUCCAUGACAAUUGGAUUCUGCAUCGUGACCUGAAGACCUCGAACCUUCUGCUGUCCCACAAGGGCAUCCUCAAAGUGGGCGACUUUGGAUUGGCAAGGGAGUACGGAUCGCCGAUCAAGAAGUACACCUCGCUGGUGGUCACUCUUUGGUAUCGGGCGCCCGAACUGCUCCUCUGCUCGCCCGUCUACUCCACGCCCAUCGACGUCUGGUCGGUGGGCUGCAUUUUCGCCGAAUUCCUGCAGAUGCUGCCGCUCUUUCCGGGAAAAUCGGAGAUCGAUGAGCUCAACAGGAUCUUCAAGGAAUUGGGCACCCCCAACGAGAAGGUCUGGCCCGGCUACACCGAGCUACCCGCCGUGAAGAACAUGCUGUCGCAGAACUCUCAGUUCACCGAAUAUCCCGUCUCGCAGCUGCGCAAGCACUUCCAGGAGAAGACCUCCGAAAUGGGACUGUCGCUGCUGCAGGGCCUGCUGACGUACGAUCCGAAAAAAAGACUGACGGCCGACGCGGCCCUGAAGCACGACUACUUCAAGGAGCUGCCGCUGCCCAUCGAUCCCUCCAUGUUUCCCACCUGGCCGGCCAAGAGCGAACUGGGCGCUCGCAAGGCUCAGGCCUCAUCGCCCAAACCGCCGUCCGGUGGCUCGCAGUUCAAGCAACUGGGACGCGACGAGCCCAUCGCCGUGGGCGGGGGAAACAAGCUCUCAUCGGGGAUCAUCACCGGGAACAAAAAGAGCCACGCGGCUGGUGGAUCGUCGUCGGCCAGCACCGGUUUCGUCCUGAAUGCCGGGAUAACGCAACGCCAGCUGGCCAUGGGUCCGGGAUUCAGCCUGAAGUUCUGAUUCGCUGUUGGAUUCUCUGUGUGUUUUUAGCCAAUUACGAUUACUAUUAAUUGUUAUGUAUAGUUAGCGAUGUAAGUGAAAAAUUUCGUUUAAUUGUAUGUGUAAAAAUAUUGUUCCAUAUAUAAUUUAAAAAGCCAUACAAAAGAA